AUGGAUCGCUUUCUCCGUGUUCCUCGUGGCUACGGGAUCAUACAGCCUUUGACCUAUCCUGGCCCCAGGUCACACAGUCAACAGCAAAAUUGGCCACAAAACAUGGGAGCUCCCGUUUUCCUAGCCAGGCCUAUGGUACCAGCGUACGUCUCACAGCUCUGUAUGGACCCUUACAACAGGGUUCAGCUUCAAGUCGUUCCUACUCAGAUGAACCCCAACGUGAGUCUAUGUCUACAUAGGGCCAACACCAAGGACGUGGGCAUCCAGGUGAGCAUUCACGUGGAUAAGUCAGUGCAGUGCUCACUGGGGUCACAGACACUACACAGCAGCUCCCUCUCGGACAGAACCAGCUCCAGGAAGCCCACUGAAGCUUGGAGAGCAGGCCAGAGAGGCUUGAUCCAGCUACCCCAGGGUGGGGAAGACAAGAAAAGCCGGGAGCUCACAGGACCUACAGAGGCCAAUCAGCUGGUGCCACCUACAAGGAGCCAGGAUGAUGACAAGCAGGAUACACUCUCCCAGCUGAAGGAAUCGGGGGAGGCAUAUGCCCCCAGCCCUCAGGACCGGAAGAGCAAGCAGUUUUUGGAACCUAAAUACGGCUAUUUUCACUGUAAAGAUUGUAAGACAAGAUGGGAGAGUGCUUAUGUGUGGUGCAUCACAGGUACCAACAAAGUUUAUUUCAAACAGCUCUGUAGCAAGUGCCAAAAGAGUUUUAACCCUUACCGAGUAGAAGCAAUCCAAUGCCAGACCUGCUUAAGUUCCCGCUGUUCCUGUUCUCAAAAGAAAAGGCACAACGAUCUCCGGAGGCCACACCGCCAGGAGCUCUGCGGCCACUGCAAAGACAAGAAAUUCCCCUGUAGUGUUUCCUAUAGCUUUAAAUAA